ACAGCUCUCCAAGGAAAACCCUCGUGUAUAAUUCACAGGUUUUGAUCAUAUAAAACUGCAUUAUCGUGGCUAAUCAUGUCCGGGAGUAACGGUCCAAAUCAGAAGCAAGAGAGCGAGGAUGAAUGUGACAUUGACAAUCUUUUGGCAUCUUUAACGUCUGCUGAGGUGGAAGAGUUGGAAAAUGAGUUUAUCGACAUUGAUCCGGACCCAGCUGUGCCAGUCGGGCUCAGGCAGAGAAACCAGACUGAAAAGCAGCCGUCAAUCCAAUACAACAGAGGGGCAAUGCUGGACUUCUGUGAGCGCGAGACCAAGAAACUAAUUGAGAGAGAGUUGAGCUUUGAGGGGGAGUCUAAACCUGGCCGAGCGAAACAAGAUAACUUGAAGAAUAUGGGGAAGAGCUGUGAGAGUUUGUUCUCUGUGCCAGACGACCAGGAUGGCUUUGGCUUCGACAGUCAGAAGCAGGACAGAUGCAAAGAGGAAAUCCCAGACAACAACAAACUCAAAUAUGUUGACAAAGGUCAAAAGGUCAUAGAGGAAAAAAGUCCACAUAAGAUGACUGGGGGUGAAGGUAAGGGAGAUGAGGUCAUUCAGAAAAACAAAGAGAGCCAGGUGGGACAGGAGAAAAAGGAAGGGUGCAAGAAAAAGGGGAAAAGCACUUGCAAAACACUCGACCUCAUCUCAAAAUUACAAAGCAAAAAUUACAUUAAAACUGAAAAGGACAAAAAAGAAGAUUGUAGAAGGAAAAUAGACUGCAAAACCAAAGAGCUCAUUUCAAAAUUGCAGGGACAGGGGGAGAAAGAGGAGAAGGACAGGAAAGGAAAAUCACAGAAGCUGACAGAUAGUAAGAUGGGAAUGUUUUUAAAGGAUGGGGACAGAGAAACUGAUUUUAAGGUUCCAGUCAUAAAGGCCCAGAGGGACAGUGAGAAGGACCAUGAUAAAAGGGAAAACACAAACUCUGUGAAACAAAGAAAAUCUUCAAGGGAGAGAGAGAAAGACUAUGAUAAUACAACUGAAAAAACUGUCCAUAAACAUUGUAAAUCCAGCCAGGUAGAACUAAAGAGCAGCAACAGCGUAGGUUCAGCACUUGAGGAAGUAAGGGAAGAGGAAGACGUCUCCAGCAUGUUCGACCAACUUCUUGAAAGAGUCAGAAACGAUGAUCCUUUGUUGACUGAGCUCAAUGUUAACAACUCAGAUGUCAUAAAGACUCAGACUCUGACUCAGUUUGCAGAGGCAUUAUUAGACAACAGGCACGUCAAGACCUUUGCUUUGGCAAAUACCAGAGCUGAUGACCGUGUAGCUUCUGCUGUUGCCAACACACUACGGAGGAACACCUGUCUGACCAGCAUCAACCUAGAUUCCAAUCACCUUACAGGCAAAGGCAUUCUGGCCCUGAUACAUGCCUUGGAGAGCAACACGUGCAUCACCGAGCUGCGCUUCCACAACCAACGGCACAUUUGUGGUGGCAAGACAGAGAUGGAGAUGACCAAGACCUUGAGGGAGAACUGUACGUUGUUGAAACUAGGUUACCACUUUGAGCUGGCUGGCCCAAGGAUGACCAUGACUAACAUCCUGAGCAGGAAUAUGGAUCAGCAGAGGCAACGCAGGAUGCAGGACAAGAAACAGGCUGAUCAGGAUCUGCAGAUUGCAUCGAAUCUGAAAACAUCUCACCAGUCAUCUCAGCAGGUUCAAACUUCUGGAAAGGCAACCCAUAAACUCCCUUCAGACAUGGAUCAGACCAACAAAAAAAGAUGCACAUCGCCUCUUGUCAAAGGAAAGGGCAAGCCUGUUCCGAGUAUCACCACUGUUCAAUCCUCGAUGAAACGCUCCUACAAAACAACCCCUAAUGCAGAAAGUGCACAACCGAGGCCAGUGGAUGUUUUACCUCCACCUCCUCCACCCGCCCCUGUACUAGAAAGCGUGUCCAUAAGGAAGUCCCUGACACCAGUGACACAGAGAAAACCUAAUGGGCAGACUCCACGCCACGAGGGAGGGAGGAACUCUAGGGAUCAGUUGCUGCUUUCUAUUCGUAACAGCACCUUAAAGGUUCUCAAGAAGGUUGAUGUUCCAAAGCUGCUUCGCUAGGAACCAAACCAAGAAGAGUCAUAUAUUACAUUAAUUUUACAUUGCAGAUAAUUGAUAUACAGGUGGUUCUGUCAGGGUUAGAGAAUUAUGUUGGAACCUAGAGAGAAGUUACAAAGUACGGCUGAGAGGGUAUCAAACGAUAUGUCAAUAUGAUUAUUUAUUGGAAUUUAAACAGGACUUUUCCAAACAAGGCCACAGAGACUACAGUCCUUUUUUAAAUGUUCACAACUUGGUUGUUUGAAUAACAAGCUUUAGAUUUAAUAACUUGGUAAUAAUAUGCACACAACAUGAGGCACAUAGUAGUUUACAAUUACAUGUAUGAGUUACAUUUGCAGUUACAUAUAAGUCUCCACUAGGCCUUCCUGUU